AUGGCCCGCCGUGCCUGGCAGGAGCUGCGUGCGGAUUUGCUGCGGGGGCUCUGUGCGCCGUCCGCUUCGCCAGCUUCGCCAGCUUCGCGCCUGGAGCUGCUGGAGCUCGUCCGCGGCACUGGCGAGGCCCAGCGGCGCCUCGCGGCGGCGGAGGCGCUUCGGCGCCAGGAGCUGCAGGGCGCGGCCCACGCGGCCCCGGGCCAAGUCUUCUGGGCACGUGCGCGGCUGGCCUCGGUGCUGGACCUGCAGCGGCGCCACGAGGAGGCCCAGUCUCUGCUCAGCCCGGAGGGCUCAGAGGGCUCAGAGGGCUCCUUGGAUCCUUCGCACCGUGCCGCCGCGGCCUUGCUCUCGGUCAUGGUGCGGAGGCAUCUCUGGUGGCAGGAGUGUCGGACUCGGAAGACCUCGAAGAAGUCGCCAUCGAAGACCUCUGUGGAGGUGGUGCGCAUGGAUUCCACGGAGUCCACGUCGCGAGCAGAGCUCUGGGAGCGAUUUCUCGUGCCGGGCGUUCCCUGCGUCCUGCGGGGCCUCGACUUCGUGCCACGCUGGGCGCCUGGGCAGCUUCGGGAGAUGCUGAAGAACACCCGGGUGCCUGCCCAACACUACAUGGGACACAUGAUGGCACAUGAUGACAGGUCACGGCGCUCUAGCUCCGAGCUAAGUCAGGAGUCAAUUUCUGUGUCAAUGCUGUGUCAAGCCUUGAGCAGGCUUGAGUUUGCGGGAGCCAUGACCUUCUCGGAAUUCUACGAUGCGCACAUUGAGCCCUACGAUGGGGCAGCCGCUCCCCGGGGUGGCCUGCAGCUCUUUGACCAUUCCAUCUGGCAGCACUGCGAGGACAGCCGCGUCGGACAGGAGACCGGGCAUAAUGGGGCCUGCGAAACUAUGAUGCAACGGAUAUUGCCGGGAUGCCUUUCUUUUCUUUCUAUGAAGGAGCUGCGGGUGCCGAGCCAGGUCUUUCCAGUGGACUUCUACACCAGCGCCUCAGCGCGUGUCCAUCCCGUGACCGGCUCAGCUGGGCCCACAUUGUUUCUUGCGCCACGGGGGACCGGAUCGUCUCUUCAUAUUGAUACUCUGCAGACGCACUUCUGGAUGAUGCUGUGCCAUGGGAAGAAACGUUGGCGCCUGGUGAGUAGAGACGACGUGCCUUUCCUCCAUCCGCUGUAUUUGACGGACCUGAACCCGGUCUUUCCGACGGACUUGAAUGCUCUGGAGGCCACUGCCUCUGGCAAUGCCUUGGGCAGCUCCGGUGAGGCUCUUGCCCAGGUCAACGCGGAGAUGUCGGUGCACGAGGUGUUGCUGGAGCCCGGGGACCUAAUCUUCGUCCCCGCGGGUUGGCCACACCAGGUGGACAACCUGGAGACCUCGGUGGCCGUCAGCGCGAACUUCGUGGACUCAUCGAACCUGGCGCGGUCCCUCGAGGAGGCCGAGGCCCUCGGUUUGGUGGAGGAGACGCCGCAGCUCAUGGCCGAGGCCAUGCGCAGCGCCGCCAGCGCGAUGCCGUCGGAGUCGGAGCCGCUGCCAGAGGCACCGGAGACGCUGCGGGCCUUUAAGGCACGGCACGGGGAGCGCCGGGCCCCGUGGGAGGUGCAACAGCUGCUCACGCGGGCACUGCUGGCUGUGGGUGCCCUGGCGUGCGCCGCUGUCUGGGCCGCCUGCAGCUGGUAUGCGGGGGGCUCCGGGAAGCCCCUGGCUUCGGCAGAGGUGCCCAACGAGGAGAAAAGAAAUGAGCAAAGAGAGGGGAAGAGCCGGGAAGAGCCGGGAAGGCACGCCAGGAGGCAGAGAGGCCCAUGCGAGGACGUGCCUUGCCAAGCGACCUAG